GGCGCCAACGCCGGUCGCUUUCCGCCCAAGUUAACCGCGCGAGUGUCAAGAAACCCCUCGCCCUGUGGGCCCGAAGCCUUAGCAUCGCUUUCAGGCGGGAAAGGUAUGAACAUUGUAGUGCUCGCUUAGGACCCUGCGGGAAAUCUGAGAAGCCGCCCAAGUCUUUUCGUCCCCUGAAUACUCAUGAAUUGAUUAUCACAUAGAUAACCGGAAUGUGCUUUUGCUAUAACAAUGAUCGUGGUAGAAAUAAAUGUAAGGUGGCAACCUGUUGACAGUUGUACCUGUCAAAUAUCAUCUGAUGGACUUGGGUUGCUCAUGGUAGGAAUUUGAUUUACGUUUUUGCAUGUUUGCAUGUACCUUGUUACCCGAUGCUCGAUGCUGGGCAGUCCAGUCUAGUGCUGAUGACUGCGAGGCCAACUACCAGGACAGGACCCUCUCUUUCCUGGCAGCAGAAUGGACUUCUCAGUCACCAGGCUGUGGGCAACCCCGUCACUGGCCUUCGCUCACCAAAGGGAGUGAAUGGCCAGUCGUUGGUGCUGCCUGUGAGUUGGAGGAUGACAAAAGGAAUGGAUGAGGUCAUACUGCUGCUGGGCUGGGCGGGAAGCCGCAGGAGGAGAGGCUUGACCAAAAGGCAGCAGCCACAGCUUUGUACUAUCACAGCUGUGCCUCCAUGCCAGCCCAGUAAGUGGACUCCAACAAAGGGUGCUGUCCAAGUAUGUUGGUUUUAUCCCUGUGUCAGGGAUUCAGGGAAGCCUGCUGUGAGUCUGCUGCUGGCUUACAGUCCACUUGGCAAGCAAGAUUUGCAUCCAUGUGUUAGAUCAUCUGAAGCACUAGUGAGGCCAGUGGCAAGAUGAACCAUCUUUUGAGUCCUUUAUGGCCAGGCACUGUGUGGGGCAGUUCCCAAGUGUUGUUUUAUAGUUUAACCAUGACCUUGGGGGUAGGAAACUUCUGAUUGGUUUGCCCAGUCAUGGCCUCUCCUGUAGUUGCCCUCCUCUCCUUGGUGAUCUCAUCCAGCUUCGUGACUUUAAUGCCGUCUCUCCUUGACAUCUCCAUCCCCAUCUCCAGCCCUAGCCUUCCAUCUGAACUGCAGCCUGACUUUUCUAGUGGCCUCUUCCACAUCUCUGCGUUACUUUGAUGCCAAGUAGCCAUGUCCAAACUUAAACCCCGAUCUUUACCCCAAAACACUCCUCAUGCUGCCUUCACCACCUCAGUGCAUGACAGCUCUGUUCUUGAGCUUGGAGCCACCUGGAUUCCUCUCAGGCCUACAUACAACCCUCAGGACCAUUUCGGCUUAAGCCUGGUAAGCCUCUUAAUUCUUUUUGCUCUCACCCAUGUCCUUCCCCUCAACCCCCUCCUAAAAUUCUGGACAUAGAAUGGUUCUUUUACAUUGCAGUACAGACUGGAAUCAACUUGCCUGGGUGGUAAAACAGCUCCACCACUUUUCUAGCUGUGUGACCUUGAGCAAAUUGCUUAACCUUUCAGUGCUGUGUGAGCACUGGAGAAUGAAAAUGCAUGGAGCACUUAGAACAGGGUCGGCUGAGAGCUGGCUGCCACUGCUGUCCUUGGGUCAUGUGACCUCACUGCUUGGACCUUCCUGUCCAGUGGCCCAUCUCAAGACAAGAGCCAGAGUCCUGGUCUUGCUCACCCUCACAGACUUGGCUUCCUCUCAUUCACCCUCGGCAUACUGCUCUCACCUGCCACACCACACUCCUACCCCAGGGCCUUUGUUUUCUCUGUGUGCUUGGAAUGUCCCUUCCUCACACCCCCACUACCCACUUGACUCACUCUCCUUACCUUCAGAUGGACACUGGCUGCGAGGCCUUUACUGUCCACCCUUUCUGAAGCUGCCUCCCCUUCCCCAGUUCCUUGCUUUGUUUUCUCUUGAGCACUUCUCAGUUUUUCGUAGUUGUUACUUGACCAUCUCCUGCUAAAAUGUGAGCUCUGUGGGGCACGAAUUUUGUCUGUUUGGUGUCCUCAGCAUCUAGGAUAGUGUGUGUGCACCACAUCGAAGGUGUUCAGCAAGCACUUGUUGAAUGAAUAGUCAAAGCUUGUGGAGGGAAAGUAAGAAACUUGUCCAGGACUGCCCCACUGUGGGGUUUUGCAUCUCGAGCUGUUGCCCUCUGGGGCUGGGCAGGUUUUCCUGAUUUCCCAGGGAGCUCACAGUUUUCUCCACAGCUCUCCAGCCCCACCCUGUGCACCUCUUCAAGGCCUCCUUGUUAUAUUAUCAUUGUCAUCUUUGCUUUGUGCUUCUACAUGGCCGCUUCUUAGCCUUUUAACAUGGUAGCAGGCAUUCUCCAUCUUGUACUGCCAUUUGUCUUCAAUCCCCCCAUGUCCUCAUAUCUUGCUCAUUUUAGGUUUUUUCCCCAGCCCCUAGAGUCAGGGAUUGACUCUAGCUGGAGUCUGGGCAGACUUGCCAGGUGUUGAGGGUUUUGGUCCUGGUCUGAUCUGUGUUCUGUAGUACUGGGCAUACUGACCUGCGUGUCCUUCUCUUAAAAUGAUCUUUCUUGGUUGCCAGGAGACUGGCAGUACUCUACUUAGUGUUCCUGGUGCCUCUCUGGUUGCAGCCUCUUGUGUGUUUACUGCAGUUCAGUCUAUCUGUCAUUAUCUGUGUGCUGCAGUUCCUUCAUCCUUAACACCUUUGAUGGACACAGCUCUGGGGAGGUACUGUGUUAAGUUACCAUUGAAAUCAGAACAGUAAGGACACCUUAGAAUCUUGGAAAUAGAGUGACAGCUCGGUGAUCAUUGCCCUUUCAACUGUGUCCAGGUGGUGGGGACCUUUUCUCCUAUUCAUGGUAGUGCCUUGGAGUGGACAGUAUUUGUUGAAUGAAUUGAUUAAAUCUAAACAAGUUCCUGGUUUUUAUGUUGUGCCAUCUUCAAAGUACAACCACCACACUGUGUUCCUUUACCCCAAACUUUUAAAAUGUGUGAUAACUGCUGAUUCCUGUUUGUGCAACCAGUCACGCUGCCACGUGCAUAUAUGGGCAUGCAUGAGUGUAUCUGUACCCCUGUGCAUGGCAUAUUCAUGUGUGUGUGUGUGUGUGUGCGCGCGCACCUGCAUGUGCAUUUGCUCUGAUACCCAGGCCUCCUGCAUACCUCUGGGAUUUGGAUUGCCCCUCUGAGCUGCCUUCUCAGCCUCGUAUCAGCCCUUUUGUCGUGCUUCCUCUGGAGUGAAUCUUCUCAGAGUUGUGUCCUCAACCCUGUUCUCUGUCUGUGUUCCCUUUCUGGGCAGCCUCUCUUCUGUGGUUUUGAUGACUACCACCUCCCUAAUGUGUUCUGGCCAUUUUUCUCUGGGCCAUUAACAGUUCCAGAGCUGUGGCCUCAGCACCUGCUGCACAGGUCUGCCUGGAGGCUUCAUCUAUUCUCUACUGGCUCCUGCCUGAAUGUUGGAACAUGUGUCCUCCAGGGAAAAGCCUCAUUUGCUUUCAGUUACCUCUUGUCUGUGCUCUCCACAUCUACCCAUUCAGCAGAGUGGUUAGUUCGGUGUCUUCACUGUUCUUAAAGGCUCCUGUUCCUCUUUCACACCUUGGCCCUCUGGCCUACAGGACUCCUACACCUUGGGCACAGGGGUUAGUCUCCUUUCUCAAAUAGGGAUUAAACUGUGGCAUGAGAGUCGCCUCACCUUGGGUGGCUCCUCAUUGCCCCCAGGAUGGAGCCAGGCUCCAGAUGGUACCUAGAACUCCCUGUGCCUUGGCUCCAGCUGUCUCCUGCAGCUGCCCCACCAACCCUGGCCUGGCUCCCUUCCCACAGCCACACCCCCUCCUCUACUGGGAACAGAACCACGCCACCUCUGGCAACUUCAGCACGCUGCAUCACUAUCCCGGUCCACGUGCCACCUUGUGGGCCCAGGAGAGCCCUGGGGUUCCAGGGUAGCAGAGUGCCUGGCCGUACCUCUGAGGCCCUAGUGCUGCAGAGUUGAGCUGAGGGUCUCGUGCUCACCCUCUGACUGACCCGGCCCUAGCAGGUGAGUAGAUUGAUGUUGCUCUGAUGGCCGGAGGAAGGCCACACACCUUAUGUGUGUUCUGGAAAGGGCAGCCUUGCACCACGUGCUUGCUUACCUAAUAAACUGAGUUAGUGGAAUGCUGUGGUGAAGUUCAGUGUAGGUUUUUUUUUUAAUCUUUUUGAGCCUUAAGAUUAAAUAUUGUGUUUAUGCUUCUGAAGUAGGAACUACAGUGGACUAUUAAAUAAAGUAUUUAACUUUGGACUUACUAUCAUUUAGGUUCUAAGAAACAAAGUAAAGGCAGUUUGUUUUAAAGCCUAAAAGGUUCUCUUAGGCAGUAUUAUUUUCUUUGCUACAAUGUUAAUAGCACUUGACUUUUGGUACCAGGGAAGCGAAAGGUUUCUGUCAUUUUGUGACGAUGUUUUUAAAUCUCUUUGCAGGUAGAAGAAGAAAGGUGCCACUUUGGCAUGAAGACAGACUCGCUUAGUCGUCAGUCAUUUAAGCUGAGUGCAUUGUGAUUUCCAAUAAUUGAGGCAGUGGUUCUAAAAGCUGUCUACAUUAAUGAAAAGAGCAAUGUGGCCAGCUUGACUAAGCCGCCAGCGUGUGCAGCGCGGGCAGGACGGCACCGGGUCUCAACGGACUUGUGCAUGUUAGCUGUAUAGAUUUAUGUAAGGUUUUUAAAAACUGGUCUUUUAAAAUAGUUUUAACCACUUUUACUAUGGAGACAUAUGAGAGUCCCUCUCCUCUCCCGCGUGAGCCCGCAGGAGAAGCAGUGAUGGAGAAACGUGCUUGCCCCCUCCAAGCGCUGCCCCGUGAACAGUCUCCACCACCUCCCCUGCAAACGUCCAGUGAUGCAGAGGUAAUGGACGUUGGCUCUGGUGGUGAUGGACAGGCCGAACCCCCUGCUGAGGACCCACUCAACUUCUACGGAGCUUCUCUUCUCUCCAAAGGAUCCUUCUCUAAAGCCCGCCUCCUCAUAGACCCGAACUGUAGUGGCUACAGCCCGCGCACCGCCCGGCACGCACCUGCGGUCCGGAAGUUCUCCCCUGACCUUAAGUUGCUUAAGGAUGUAAAGAUUAGUGUGAGCUUUACCGAGAGCUGCAGGAGUAAGGACAGGAAGGUGCUGUACACAGGAGUGGAGCGCGACGCUCGUGCAGAGUGCGGUCUGGCCCUUAGCCCUGUCAGUGGAGACAUGCAUGCUUGUCCCUUUGGCGGGAGUGUUGGUAAUGGGGUAGGCAUAGGGGGUGAGAGUGCUGAUAAAAAGGAUGAGGAGAAUGAGCUGGAUCAGGAAAAGAGAGUGGAGUAUGCAGUGCUCGAUGAGUUAGAAGAUUUUACUGACAAUUUGGAGCUAGAUGAAGAAGGAGCAGGCGGGUUCACGGCUAAAGCAAUCGUGCAAAGAGACAGAAUGGAUGAAGAGGCCUUGAAUUUCUCCUACGAGGAUGAUUUUGACAACGAUGUUGAUGCUCUGUUGGAAGAAGGCCUUUGUGCUCCCAAAAAGAGGAGAGUGGAGGAGAAAUAUGGAGGAGACAGCGACCAUCCAUCUGAUGGAGAGACAAGUGUGCAGCCAAUGAUGACCAAGAUUAAAACAGUGCUCAAAAGUCGUGGCCGCCCACCUACAGAACCAUUGCCUGAUGGGUGGAUCAUGACAUUCCAUAACUCCGGAGUCCCCGUGUACCUACACAGAGAGUCUCGGGUGGUCACCUGGUCCAGGCCAUACUUCUUGGGAACAGGAAGCAUACGGAAACAUGACCCUCCUCUGAGUAGCAUCCCUUGUCUGCAUUACAAGAAAAUGAAGGACAAUGAGGAGAGGGAGCAAAACAGUGAGCUUGCCCCUAGUGGGGAGGUAUCCCCUGUCAAGCCCCUCGGCCGAUCUGCAGAGCUGGAGUUUCCCCUGGAAGAGCCUGACUCCAUGGGGGCCGACUCGGGGCCCCCAGAUGAGAAGGACCUGCUGGGAGCUGAGGCUGCCCCUGGGGCCCUGGGGCAGGUGAAGGCCAAAGUUGAGGUGUGCAAAGACGAAUCAGUUGAUCUUGAGGAAUUUCGGAACUACCUGGAGAAGCGUUUUGACUUUGAGCAAGUUACUGUGAAGAAAUUCAGAACUUGGGCUGAGCGGCGGCAGUUUAAUCGAGAAAUGAAACGGAAACAGGCGGAGUCCGAGAGGCCCAUCCUGCCGGCCAAUCAGAAGCUCAUUACUCUAUCUGUGCAGGAUGCACCCACGAAGAAAGAAUUUGUCAUUAACCCCAACGGGAAAUCCGAGGUCUGCAUCCUGCACGAGUACAUGCAGCGUGUCCUCAAGGUCCGCCCAGUUUAUAAUUUCUUUGAAUGUGAGAACCCAAGUGAGCCUUUUGGCGCCUCGGUGACCAUUGAUGGUGUGACCUAUGGAUCUGGAACUGCAAGCAGCAAAAAACUUGCGAAGAAUAAAGCUGCCCGAGCUACUCUGGAAAUCCUCAUCCCUGACUUUGUUAAACAGACUUCUGAGGAGAAGCCCAAAGACAGUGAAGAGCUUGAGUAUUUUAACCACAUCAGUAUUGAGGACUCGCGGGUGUACGAGUUGACCAGCAAGGCCGGACUGUUGUCUCCCUAUCAGAUCCUCCACGAGUGCCUUAAAAGAAACCAUGGAAUGGGUGACACAUCCAUCAAGUUUGAAGUGGUUCCUGGUAAAAAUCAGAAGAGUGAAUAUGUCAUGGCGUGUGGCAAGCACACAGUGCGAGGCUGGUGUAAAAAUAAGAGAGUCGGGAAGCAGUUAGCCUCUCAGAAAAUCCUGCAGCUCCUUCACCCACAUGUCAAGAACUGGGGGUCUUUACUGCGCAUGUAUGGCCGUGAAAGCAGCAAGAUGGUCAAACAGGAGACCUCGGACAAAAGCGUCAUUGAGUUGCAGCAGUAUGCCAAGAAGAACAAGCCGAACCUGCACAUCCUGAGUAAGCUGCAGGAGGAGAUGAAGAGGCUGGCCGAAGAGAGGGAGGAGACGCGGAAGAAGCCCAAGAUGUCUAUUGUGGCAUCUGCCCAGCCUGGUGGCGAGCCCCUGUGCACUGUGGAUGUGUGAGGUAGUGGUGGACCAGGCAUGAGGGCUGCCUGCUCUGCUGCUGGGGAGACUAUGCACCGCUCCCUCUGCAGCCUCUCACUUCUAAUCUAAGUUCCUCCCCUGCAGUCCCAUGUCUGAGGGCUGGGGCCAGAGGGGUGGGGCUCCAGUGUAUGGUGACAGCCAGGGCCACAUACUGUACCGUUUCCUUGUGGGCCACCCACAGGUCUGAGGACAUGUUCAAGCAUCAACUUAUCCUGCCUGCACAGGUGGAAGCUGAGCGUGGAGAUGACCUCUGCUUGUAUGGAUUUGCUGCAGACUGGUUUUAUGAAGGUUUUUAUGAAUUUUAGUAUGUAACAUGCACUGACAAGAAAUGAUAGUUGGAUGACAGAUGAAAUGAGAACAUGAUGGCCAAGACCUAUGGCACCCUGUGCCCAGGGCUCCUGCGGGCCACUGCAGGGACCUGGUCAGAAGGCAUAUGCUGGCACCCCAUCCCCUUUCCUGCCUCCUGUGUUUUUCCUUUUUCUCUGAAAAUGUUAUAAUAGGAAUGAGUAUUUCAGACCAUUUUGGUUUAAAAUAAACACAGUUUUAGCAUCAGAA